AUGAUCAUUGCAAGAGGAAAACAAAAGAAAAUAAACCCAAAAGACACAAUAAUUGAUUGGACAAAUGAUGAACCUGACUCUUCGAAAAACAUGGCUGAAGAGGCUUAUUCGUCAAAGUCAGUUUAUAUUACAGAUUCUGCUUCUGAACAAUAUGAUAAUAGAGGUAGAAGGCAGGAAAGAACAUUUGAUAAUAGGCCUCAAUUGGAAAAAUCACGAACAUGA